CUUCUUUAAAUUUAGAUUAUGAUUUUCUUUUUUUAUACAAGGCAAAGUUCAACUUGAAAAACACAAAUGAACCAUUUUCAUUCGUCUCACUGCUCUGCACCGUCUUAUGCAUAAAUGUGUGAUGGUCUUCUCGCUAAUUGAGUCUCGAAAAUGGUUCACAGUCAAUGGAAGGCAAAGAUUGUGCCAUCCAUUGCCAUAUCUGAGAGUAGGGCAUAUGUGCAUACAAAUUAUGUUCAAAACCAGUGGAGGGAGACCUAAGAAGAAAAUGUACUAUAGAGUAAAUGAUCUAGACAGAGUCAUGGAGCUUCAGAAAAAACCAUCAUUGAUUUUACGCUUAAAAUCCAUAAUUCAAUCACAGAGAAAACAAUGUGUCCUUCUUAGAGACCUUGAGAAAGAAGUUGGAUUUGUGCAAAAGUGGAAUUUCAUGGGUAUUAUUGAAAAAUAUCCUAUGAUAUUCCGUGUCACCGGUGGUAAUGGAACUCCACCGAUGGUUAUGCUGACUGAAAAGGCUGAUAAAAUAGCACUAGAAGAAGAUAAAGCAAGAGUGCAAAUGGAACCUAUUUUGGUCAAGAAUCUAAGGAAGUUGUUAAUGUUGUCGGUUGAUUGCACGUUGCCACUGGAAACCAUUCAACUGAUUGAGAAUGAUUUGGGCUUGCCUAAUGACUUCGGGCAAUCGCUGAUUCCAAAAUACCCACAAUUUUUCUCAGUGAAAGACGUGAAUGGAAGAACAUCCCUUCAGUUAGAAAAUUGGGAUUCUUAUCUAGCUGUCACUGCCCGGGAGGAAAGGUUGGCGUGUGAAGGGAUCCUGACUUCAAAAGAGAAGGUUAGAGUAUUGAAAGAUGGAAACUACUUCGGUCCCUUCGCGUUUCGAAUGCAUUAUCCUGCAGGAUUUAGGCCGAAUAUGAACUACCUUAAGGAAAUUCAGAAAUGGCAGAAGAUGGAGUUCCCUUCUCCAUACUUGAAUGCUAAAGGAUUUGAACUUGCUGAUCCCAAAGCUCAAAAGAGAGUAGUCGCAGUGCUUCACGAGCUCCUCAGUUUGACUAUGGAAAAGAGGUUGACAUCUGCUCAAAUAGAUGCAUUUCAUACCGAGUUACGGUUACCAGCUAGACUUUUGCUUUGCUUAAUCAAACAACACGGUAUAUUCUACAUCACUAAUAAAGGUGUCAGGAGUACCGUGAUACUUAAAGAGGCUUAUGAUGGGUCUAAUUUGAUCUGUAAAUGCCCUCUGUUAUUAUUUAGGGAUAAGUUUAUAGCACUUACAGGAAGAAGCGAUAUUGAUUCAUGUAUCAGUGCUCCAACAUAGUUUAUAUAAUGAGAAGAAUGGUUGACACUGUAUUCUGUUCUUUUUACCCUGUUUCUCAUGGGUCUUGAUCUGUAUUGUGUUAAUCAGUAAUACGAAUGGUCAAGAUAUUGGCAAUGAUGUA